AUGCCUUCCUGCCUGCGCAGAGGGGCUUCCAGCGAGGAUGGGGAGGGUGCUCUUGGGGAAGAGCUCAGUCGGCGCCCACACGAGAAAGGAGCCGCGCAGACCAAUCCCCCGCCAGGAGUGCCUCUGUUGCGGCUUGUUUCUUCGGACGAGGCUACCAAAUCCCUGGUCAUCUCUGGAGUCCAGGCGCCUUCUAGUGGGCGGCGCAGGCCCUGCAGGCUGGGACCUCGGUGCGAAUUCACCCAGGAAAGCAGGAAUCCCGAAGGCGCACUCGACGGGGGAUUCUCCCCGGUUUCUCCGUCUCCCCUCGUCCCCGCGGCGGGAGGUGGGGUCGUCAGCACAGACCAAGGCGUGGGAGCUUUGGGGAGGUGUGUGACCCCGGACGGCCAUCCCGUUCUCCCUGGCAGCCCCAGCCAGUCAGUGGCGGUCUUGGAUGCCCCGCCCCGUCGCGGAAGGAGCCUCCAGAGGCUUGGCCAUCCUGGGCAGCUGGUAUUUAAGCCGCGUCAGACGGCGCGGGGAGGCAGUUUGCUGCUGCGGGUCAUAUUCCCGGAGGCGGCCGAAGCCGGAGCCGGAGCCGUCCAGGAGAGCCAGCGCGCCGUCCAGCUCACCGUCGAGGAUUCCCGGGCAACUCUCGCCGCUCCGAAGGAACGGGCAGCCCGAGCUCCACCAGCCAGAACUGCACCCGACUACGGCACAGGAGCCAAGCGGCUCCCUUGCAGGGCAGCGCCCCUCACCGGGACCUCGCGCCCUGAAGCCCUCUCCGCCGCCCCCAGCGCCGCCAUGAAGCGCCAGCUGCGCCGGGAGCCCGCUUGCAUCAGCCGCGGUCGCCUCCUCUCGCUCCUCCCGCUGCUCUUUCACCUGCCGGGCGCCUCGCCCGCCUCGCCCGCACCAUCGGAGCGCAUCUCGCCGCUGUCGCUCAGGAAGCCCUGGACCAGAAGCCACCCACCAGCCUGGCUGCAGAAGAGGCCAAUGACAGAAGAGCUUUCGGACAAGACGGCCAGAAUGUGGCCAGCCUGGAAGCCUCACGUGGUGGCACCAGGAAGCCGGCUCCAUCUCUCCGUUCUCCCCAGAUGCAGACUGGAUCCCCAGCAGCCUGGCAGCCACCCUCUGUACCGGCUCCUGUGGACUCCAGCCCUCCGUCCAAAGCGCCACGCAGCCCCCCACCCGCACCGUGCGCAGCUGAUGCGUGUCGGCUGUGCCUUGGGCACCUGCCAAGUGCAGAACCUGAACCAUCGGCUCUGGCUUCUGAAGGGCCAGUUGGGACGUCAGGAAUCAGCCCCCAUGAACCCCAGCAGCCCCCACAGCUAUGGGUGAGGGAAGCAACAGACUCCAAGACCGGAGAGGGUCUCCUGCCUUCCCCCUGGCACGUCCUUGAGGAGCUGGCCUGGCCUCUCUGGCGGUCUUGACUGGGGAUUCUGCACUGAAGGGAAACCCCCCCCCCCACUGGAAGGGGCCAUGAAGAAGCAACUAGGGCCCAAGCCCUGACUAGAGCCGGCCGAGGGGUGUCUUGGCCAUCUGAUGGAAAGGAGCGGAGCAGCAGCCCUAGACCACCAUGCAGGAGAGGCAGGUGCAUAUGAGGGCUGGAAGGGCUGUGCGCAACAUUACACCAAACACAACUCCCACACUUGCACUUGUUAUGGAAAAAAAUAAACAUCUAAGUGAUGGUC